AUGGCGGCCACGAAGGGGUCAUCUGGCACCGUCAACGCACACAGCGGUGCUGGACUCGCGACGGAGAGUCAGGCGAGCACCAAUCGGCGUCUCUCACCGGCGGAAGUCAGGGAUCGUCAGGCCAAGGGACUAUGUUUUACUUGCAACGAACGGUGGAAUCCGACUCAUAGAUGCCCGUUCAAGCAACUCCAAGUAAUGAUCGUCGAAGACGAGAACGACGAUGAAGGACGGGAGGUUGAGGCUGAGGUCAUUGGUCACGAAGGGGAAGGCCUGCCUAAGGAGGACGAUGCGACUGUCAUGCAUCUCUCAAUGCAAUGUUUGCUAGGGCUCGCUUCAAACCAAACACUUAAGGCAUGGGGAGAAAUUCAAGGAUCAAGGGUCGUUGUGAUGAUCGAUUGUGGGGCUUCGAGCAACUUCAUAGGAAGAGGAACGGCCGAGAGGUUGGGACUAGUCGUUACUGAAACCCAAACGUACAACGUGGAAGUGGGUGACGGUCAUAAGGUCUGCUGUCAAGGGGUAUGCAAGGAGGUCACCAUUUCGCUUCAGGGAACGAUGAUUGUACAAGACCUUUACAUCUUUGAUCUGGGGAGUACAGACGUCGUGCUAGGGCUCGAGUGGCUGACUCAGCUCGGAGAGAUCAAGGCUAAUUUCAAGGACCUCACUCUGAAGUUUAUGAUUCAGGAUCGUGAGAUUACUAUCAAGGGGGAUCCCUCAUUGUUCCGUUCAGAGGCUUCUUUAAAAUCUGUGGUAAAGGCCUUGCAUGAUCACGGACAGGGGUUUUUUCUAAGGUCAGAAGAGGAAAGAGGCACAGGGGAUGAUACUCCAUGGGAAGAUUUGGAAGGACUGCUGGCUGAGUUCGAGGAUGUCUUCCAUAAGCUAACUGGGUUACCACCAAGGAGGCAACGGGACCAUGCAAUCAACCUAAAGCCAGGGAGCGUGGCACCUAACAUACGUCCAUACAGGUAUCCCCACUAUCAGAAAUCUGAAAUAGAGAGUUUGGUAGCUGAGUUACUAGGGGAUGGGUUGAUUAGACCAAGCACUAGCCCCUAUUCCAGCCCGAUGAUCCUUGUUAAGAAGAAGGACGGGAGUUGGAGGGUCUGUGUCGACUACAGAGCCCUAAACAAGUUGAUCAUCCAGGAUAAAUUUCCAAUUCCGGUUGUUGAUGAGUUGCUGGAUGAGCUUGGAGGCUCAAUGAUUUUUUCUAAGCUCGACCUGAAGUCUGGGUUCCAUCAGAUCAGGAUGCGCGAAGAAGGUAUACCCAAGACAGCCUUUAGAACGCAUCAAGGGCAUUACGAGUACCUGGUAAUGCCCUUUGGUUUAACAAAUGCCCCUUCGUCAUUUCAAGCUCUUAUGAAUGAUGUUCUUCGACCCUUUCUGAGGAAGUUUGCACUUGUGUUUUUUGACGAUAUCAUGAUUUACAGUAAAAGCAAGUGGGAGCACUUGGGACACUUGCGUCUGAUAUUCGAAGUUUUGCGGUCUAACUCUCUGGUGUGUAAUAGGAAGAAAUGCAGCUUCGGUAAGGAUCAAAUGGAGUACUUGGGGCAUGUUAUAACGGCCCAAGGAGUCAGUGCCGACCCUAGUAAGGUCCAGGCUAUGAGGCAGUGGCCAGCGCCCAAGAACAUCAAGGGGUUGCGGGGGGUUUUUGGGACUCACCGGGUACUAUCGGAGGUUUGUGCAAGACUACGGGAAGAUUGCAAAACCACUGACGGAGCUGCUUAA